AUGAGUGUGGUGGGAUUUGAUUUUGGUAACGAGAGUUGCAUUGUUGCUGUUGCUAGACAGAGAGGGAUUGAUGUUGUGUUAAACGAUGAAUCACAACGCGAAACCCCUGCUAUUGUGUGUUUUGGUGAAAAGCAACGGUUUAUUGGUAUUGCGGGUGCUGCUUCUACUAUGAUGAACCCUAAGAAUUCAAUCUCGCAGAUUAAGAGGCUUAUUGGGAAGCAGUUUUCGGAUCCUGAUUUGCAGCGUGAUCUUAAGUCUUUGCCUUAUAGUGUUACUGAAGGACCGGAUGGAUAUCCUUUGAUUCAGGCGAGGUACUUGGGGGAAGUUAAGACGUUUACACCUACACAAGUGUUUGCUAUGAUGUUGUCAAAUAUGAAGGAGAUUGCUGAGAAGAAUCUUAAUGCGGCUGUUAAUGAUUGUUGCAUUGGGAUUCCGGUUUAUUUCACUGAUGUUCAGAGAAGGGCUGUUUUGGAUGCUGCAACUAUUGCUGGUUUGAACCCGCUUCGGUUGCUUCAUGAAACUACUGCUACUGCAUUGGCGUAUGGGAUUUAUAAAACAGAUUUGCCGGAAAAUGAUCAGCUGAAUGUGGCUUUUGUGGACAUUGGACAUGCUAGUAUGCAGGUGUGCAUUGCUGGGUACAAAAAGGGGCAGCUGAAAGUGUUGGCUCAUACUUUUGACAGGUCACUUGGUGGUAGGGAUUUUGAUGAGGUUUUGUUUAAUCAUUUUGCUGCGAAGUUUAAGGAGGAGUACAAAAUUGAUGUGCUUCAGAAUGCGAGAGCCUGUUUGAGGCUUAGGGCUUCUUGUGAGAAGAUGAAGAAGAUGCUUAGUGCAAAUCCGAUUGUGCCUCUAAACAUUGAGUGCUUGAUGGAUGAGAAGGAUGUUAAGGGUAUCAUGAAGCGCGAAGAUUUUGAGGAAUUGAGUCUACCAAUUUUGGAGCGUGUCAAGGGACCUUUGGAGAAGGCACUUGCUGAAGCAGGACUCUCAGUUGAUAAUAUACAUAUGGUUGAGGUCGUUGGUUCAGGUUCUCGUGUACCAGCUAUAAACAAAAUCUUGACUGAGUUUUUCAAGAAGGAGCCCAGGAGGACAAUGAACGCCAGUGAAUGCGUUGCCAAAGGGGCUGCAUUGCAAUGUGCUAUUCUUAGUCCAACUUUUAAAGUGCGAGAAUUUCAGGUCAAUGAGAGCUUCCCUUUCUCAAUCUCACUAUCGUGGAAAGGGUCUGGUCCAGAUGCACAUGAUAGUGGAACCAAUAAUCAGCAGAGUUCCCUUGUUUUUCCCAAGGGAAAUCCCAUACCAAGUAUCAAGGCACUGACAUUCUACAGGUCGGGAACAUUUUCUAUUGAUGCACAAUAUAGUGAUGCAAGUGGGCUGCAAACACCUUCUAGGAUCAGCACAUAUACCAUUGGUCCUUUUGAAGCUAAACAUAGCGAGAAGGCAAAAGUUAAAGUGAAAGUUCGAUUGAAUCUUCAUGGAAUUGCAUCUGUUGACUUGGCAACACUCCUGGAAGAGGAAGAAGUUGAGGUUUCAGAUUCCAAAGAAUCGGCAAAAGAAACUACUAAGGUGGAUACUGAUGCUGCUGCACCUCCCACCUCCAAUGACAAUGAUGCUGAUGUUAAUAUGCAAGAUGCAAAGCCUAGUGCUGAUACCCCUGGGGUUGAAAAUGGCAUCCCUGAGACUGGAAAUAAGCCUGCACAAAUGGAUGUUGAUGAUACCAAGGCUCCAAAGAAAAAGGUUAAAAAAACAAGUGUUCCGGUGGCAGAGUUAGUUUAUGGAGCAAUGACACCAGUCGAAGUCCAGAAAGCUGUAGAGAAGGAGUAUGAAAUGGCUUUGCAAGAUCGUGUAAUGGAAGAAACAAAGGACAGGAAAAAUGCAGUAGAGGCAUAUGUUUAUGACAUGAGAAACAAGCUUAAUGACAAAUACCAAGACUUUGUCAUUGCUUCAGAGAGGGAAGGUUUUACCUCAAAACUUCAGGAGGUAGAAGAUUGGCUAUAUGAGGACGGUGAAGAUGAAACUAAAGGUGUAUAUGUUGCAAAACUUGAAGAGCUCAAAAAGCAAGGUGACCCGAUUGAAGAGCGUUACAAAGAACACACGGAGAGGGGUACAAUAGUUGAUCAGUUAAUCUAUUGUAUAACUAGUUACAGAGAAGCUGCAAUGUCACCUGAUCCCAAAUUUGAUCAUAUUGACAUCAAUGAGAAACAGAAGGUUUUAACUGAAUGCGUUGAAGCUGAGAAUUGGCUUAGGGAGAAGAAACAGCAGCAGGAUUCACUUCCAAAACAUGCCAACCCUGUACUCUUGUCAGCUGAAAUAAGAAAGAAAGCUGAGGCUGUUGAUAGGUUCUGCAAGCCGAUUAUGAUGAAACCAAAGCCAGCCAAGCCUGCUACUCCUCCUGCACCACCAAGCCCAGCUUCUUCGGGCUCUGAGCAGCAGCAACCCCAAGCAGAUGCUAAUGCCAACAGCACUAAUGAGAAUGCUGGGGAUGGCAGUCAGGCCUCAUCCGCAUCUACUGAACCAAUGGAGACCGAUAAGCCAGAGAAUGCCAGUUCUGCAUAA